UAAUGCUACGACCUCUAGUGCUGACGACUUCUUAAUGACGUCGGAUAUGGUGACACACGAAUAUGGCGGCGAUUACCAAAAACUAGGCCGAUAAGCAAUGUUUCGUAGUGUGUAUCAUCCUUGGUUGGAUUGCCUUAUGAACGUUUUCUUUUCACCCGAACAGUUCAGCUAGAACAGUAAUUGCACAGAUUUCUCACCCUAGGACAGGCAUUUAUGAAAGCGCUACCUGCUUAUCUCACGACGUACCGUAACCUCAAAUUUCAACAUCCAAAUCAGGAUUUUAAUUACCAAAGUUCUUAUCUUGAAUUUUUAAAUUUAAAUUAAAAAUAUAAUUAUAAUUAGUACAUAUUUAAUUUAAUUAGUUUGAUGUGAACGUUCUGGCAUCCAGUUUAUCUUCCUUCAGUGUCCAGUGAUAUUGUAACGUAGCCAUGUUAUUAACAAAAGCAUCGAACCCUAGCAUAAGAUUAUUGUUAAAAAGGACUUUUCAUAAUAAAAAUGGAAAAUUGUUACAAAGGGAGAGGCGUGGGGAGAAUCCCAUAACUAGAACUGGUAGAAUUUUAUUAAACGAUCUUAAAACUGGUUAUAAAAUAAUAACAAACCCUGGCAAAAUAACUAAAAGAUUUCCUAGUGAAACGGAUAUUGUUGUGAUAGGAGGUGGUGCAAUAGGAAGUUCCAUAGCUUAUUGGCUCAAAGAGAAAUCCAAUGUAGACUCUUUUGAUGUGGUUGUAGUUGAGAAGGAUACAUCCUAUAGCAAAAGUUCAACAUGUUUAUCAGUAGGCGGUUUACGGCAGCAAUUUUCUCUAUCGGAAAAUAUACAGAUGUCACUUUUUGGACACGAGUUCAUAAGAACUUUAAAAACUCGAUUUGGACCUCACGCAGAUGUAGCUUUCACUCCACACGGAUACCUGGUUUUGGCAAGUGAACAUGGGGCUGACCAAUUAUUGGAAAACGCCCAAUUGCAAAAAGACUUGGGAGCCAUUAAUGUUGUUUUAGAGAAACAUCAAAUCAAAGAAAGGUUUCCAUGGAUGAAUGUCGAUGAUGUGGCGCUGGGAUGUCUUGGCUUGGAGAAGGAGGGUUGGUUCGAUCCGUGGUCGUUAUUAAAACUGCUCCAGACUGGUUCUGAAAAAAAAGGCGCCCAGUAUAUUAAUGGAGAAGUUGUAGGUUUCGAAUUUCGAGAUGUUGAUAUGAAUAUAGAGGGAGUCCAAAAAUACAACACUGCAGACCAGCCUUCAGCAGUGGUGGUAAAAAUGCCAGACGGUGAGCUUAAAACAAUCCGUUUCUCGUUAUGUGUAAUAGCAGCUGGUGCUGAAUCUGGUAAAGUAGCUGAGAAGCUUAGAAUAGGAACAGGACAAGGAAUUUUAUCAGUACCACUACCAGUAGAAAGAAGGAAACGAUACGUUUUUGUUUUUGACUGUGAAAAAAAUGCACCUGGUCUCAAUACACCCAUGACCAUUGAUUACUCAGGGGCCUAUUUUAGAAGAGACGGUUUAGGUGGAAAGUUCAUAUGCGGAUUGUCACCUGAUGCAGAGAAUGAACCUGACACAAAAGAUUUAGAAGUAAAUUAUGAAUUUUUCGACCAGCACGUGUGGCCUCUUUUGGCACGUAGGGUUGACGCUUUCAAUGCAGUUAAGGUGAAAGGCGCCUGGGGUGGUUUCUAUGAAUACAACAGUUUUGAUGAAAACGGAAUCAUCGGGCCCCAUCCGGCAUUCACAAAUGUUUAUAUUGCCACUGGAUUUAGUGGUCAUGGUAUACAACAGUCUCCAGCCAUCGGUAGGGCUGUUUCUGAACUUAUAUUGGACGGAAAUUUUCAAAGUAUAGAUUUAACUAGAUUAGGAUUUGAUAGGAUGUUAUUAAUGAAACCUUUACUAGAGGCUGGCAUAAUAUAAUAGUUUUAAAUAACUGAA